GGGCCUUUGAUGGAUCUGACAGUGCAUGGUGCCUUUUGUCUUCUUGUUUCUUCGAAUCAUCUGGAGCUGGUCUCUUCAUUCUUGACAUAUCUCCCUACUACUCUGUGGUCGUUGGUUGUCUUGUGCUUUGAUACUUUUUUUCCAAAGCGAUUUACUCUAUUCACUUGUGCAAUUGUUCCAUUUGCUUUGCUAUUUACUUCCAUCGACCCUCCUCCCACCAGGGGACGAGCAAGACAUCACAAGAGUUGGAUUAAUACAUACGCCCCUCGUAUUGAACUUUGGAAAAAUGCAUACACGGUCUCUACUGUCGACGUGCCUCCUGUUCCUUCUCAGCCUCACCUCCUCCACCUCCGCGGCCUCCAUAUCCUCCUCUCACAGCCUUUCCUCACGCGCAGAAGCCUGCAACAACUCCCCAGAUCUCUGCUCGAAACCAUACAACUCGGUCGUCCACCUCGGUGCCCACGACUCCCCCUUCGUUCGGGAUGCCUCGACAGGCUUCUCUGUCUCGGGAAAUCAAUACUACAACACGACCGUGCAACUGUCCGCCGGGGUCCGUUUGGUGACCGCCCAGGUACACAUGACAAACUCGCAAUGGCACCUGUGCCACUCGUCCUGUGACCUGCUCGACGCGGGACUCUUGUCGGACUGGCUCAAGACGAUCAAGACCUGGCUCGACAACCACCCGAACGAAGUCGUGACGGUGUUGCUGGUCAACUCGGACAACGCCCGACCCUCCCAACUCCACGCCGAGUUCCUGGACGCCGACCUCGUCGACCAAGCGUACGUGCCGUCGUCCAUCACCACCCCUCCAGAGACGUGGCCGACGCUGCAAGACAUCAUCGCGGGCGGGAAGAGGCUCAUGACUUUCGUGGCGAGUUGGAACCUCACCGACCCGGAACUGAACGCCACGACGAGUUACAUGAUGGACGAGUUCACCUUCAUCUUCGAGAACCCUUUCGACAACACGAACCCGAGCGAUUUCACGUGCGCGCCGAACCGGCCCACCGCGGUGCAGAACAACGUACAGUCCGCCAUCUCGAGCAACCGUAUGCCCUUUGUCAACCACUUUCUGUACUCCACGGGGGCCUUUGACAUCGAGACCCCGGACGUGGACAAGAUCAACGUGACCAACGCAGCGAGCACCAACACCGCCGGCAGUCUCGGACAGGCCUUGUCGACGUGUAACUCGCAGUACGGUCGGGUCCCGACGUUCACGCUGGUCGACUUUUUCGACCAAGGUCCGGCCAUCGACGCGGUCGACGCUUUGAACGGGGUGACGAGCCCCGUGGGACGAGUGGCCCCUCCCCCCCGAGAUACGCACAAGAGCAGUAGCACUUUAAGCCAGAGUACCUUUGCCGGCGUCGUGCAACUCGCAAACGACGUAAAGUCGGGCGAGAAACCAAAACUCGGAGCCUGGAUCUGGGCGGCUGGGAAAUGGACUUUUGGUGGCAUCAAUUUGAACGGUGGAGGUUUGUUGAAUUGAACAAGUCAUCCGUGGAUUGUUUUAUUAAUGCUUGGUACAAUAUCGACAUUAAUCAACGGGGACAAUGUUGGAUUUUGCACCACAGAAGACGAGAAGAAAAAACGAAAGCGACUCAUUAUGGAAAAGCCAUGGUAUGCCUGCAAUUUCGAGUCGUGCAUGAGAAAUGUAAUGUACCCAUUUCUCGAUGCAAGGCAAAGCAUUUUUUGGGGGUGUGUCUGUGUGUUCAUAUGACACUGGGCAUAUUUUUCAGCAUAGCGACGGUGUUUUUGGGCUUUUGGAAAUGGGAAUUCUUCUUUCUUCUGGGAAGUGUCAUCAGGAUUGAUAUGAACAUGGACAUUUGCAAGGUCAAAGAUACAAGACCACAAUCUCGAUCAAGGUGGACAGAUAUGGAGUACCUACUUGACCCAGAAGAUGGAUGAUGAAACUUGGAUACUAUCUGAGAAGAGUACCGGGGUACUCGAGUAUAUAGA